GAGCCUCCUCGGUUUGAGACCCACUGGGACUUUCUGCUCAAAGAAAUGGGCUGGAUGGCUGUGGACUUCUAUGAGGAGCGCAAGUGGAAACGCGCAGUGGCCAAGCACCUCUCGUCCGCUGUGAUGCACCACUUUCUGGCGCGAAGGGCCCGGGAUGAGGUGCGAAUGUAUUAA